GUUCAUGGGCUGUGCGUAAAAGUUCGGCUUCACUAUAAGUAUGGAUCCUAAUUCUUCUCUGCUGUGAUAUUUGGUUUUCUUUAAAUUAAAAUUUACUCCCCAGAAAAAAAUAAAAUAAAAAGAUGGCUCAAAAUCUUAGUUCCGAUUGCCAUGAGCAGUCCACUGUCUCUGGUGGAUCUCCUACAACAACUGCGUUCAUGUUUUCCGCCGGCGUCCUUGGGAACGUGGUGGCCUUAAUUCUGUUGGAAAUACGGCGGAGGAAGCAAUCCGCAUCCUUGUUCCAAGUCCUGGUCACAUCUUUGGUGUUCACGGAUUUGCUCGGGACUUUCUCCGUCAGUCCCGUGGUUUUAACCGCGUACUUGAGAAAUGAAUCUUUGCUCGGGAUGAGUGAAAACCGUUUGGUUUGCGGACACUUUGGAUUCUCCAUGACUUUUUUCAGUCUGGUCACUCUCGCCAUUCUCCUCUUCAUGGCAGUGGAGCGCUGGCUCUCCAUCGGACAUCCUUACUGUUACGAGAAGCGCAUGAGUAAACGCUGCGGGUACAUCACCAUCGCGCUCAUAUACCUGGUGUGCGCUCUUUUCAGCGGCACACCUUUCCUCGGAUUUGGGAAGUUUGUUCAGCACUGUCCCGGAACGUGGUGCUUCAUUGAGACGCACACGUCUGCGACAAAGCACAAAGUGUUCAAUAUCAUCUACGCGUCUUGUUUGCUCCUCAUGAUAGUGUUCACGGUUUUGUGCAACGCGUCCGUCAUCUAUCAUCUUUCCCUCAUGUACCGAAGACGCAAGGCGCACCGGGGCUCCGUCCCGCGGCAGAGAGGACUCAAGAAGCCUCGGUCCAUCGCGAAGGAGGUUGAACAUCUGGUGCUGCUCGGGGUCAUGACAAUGGCGUUCGUCAUCUGCUCUCUUCCUCUCGUGAUUCAAGUGUACUUCAACACUUGCUGCAAAGAAGCUCAUCAGAAAUAUGAUCGCAUACCCCUUCUUUUAGUAUCGGCCAACCCCAUCAUAGACCCCUGGGUCUUCAUCAUCCUCAGUCCCCCAAUACCUCGUCUCCUCUGGGACAAGAUGUGCAAGAAGACACAGUUCAAACCCACGCAGGAGAAGGUCCAUAGCAUCUCUCCCGUCCUGUAUCAGUCAAAGCCACAUGGAGAUUCAGAAGGAGGCAGCGCGGUGGAAGUAUACACAGGGAUUCCUGGAACUGCUGGCUCCUGAUCUCUAAAGCCUCUUUUUGUUUGGGAAAGAUUGUGGAGUGAUUGCUCACUCAUAUAAUGAAAAUAACAGAGACUGAAGAUCCACGUCACUGGAUAACUGACCAGAUAGAUCUAAGACCUGAGGAUGAAAACGAUGGGUGCUGCUGCAUCUAUAACAUCAUGGAGAAUAUAACAGGGUAUAUACUCUUUUUUUUUAGCAAAGUAAACUUAUUUAUUGCCUUUAUUUAUGGAGAUUAAAACAUUUUUGUACAUCGGAAGGAAAAUAAGUGUUUCUUUAUCAGCAGGAAAUCUAAUGGUAAAUCGAAAUAAAUAUUUACAGGCUGAAAUGAAGAGCUGUAUACUUCCUGUUUCAACUUCGUGGGGAAUGCGGUUGACAUUCUUUGUGUGGCUUCACGCCAUAUCAGUUUUGCUUUCUGCGUUCUUUUGCAAAUGUAUGCAGGACUGAAUCAUGUCAUAGUAAGUCGGUUCAUUUUGAAAGAGCUCAACAGCUUGACUGAACGUUGCAAAAGUCCCAUGACUGAAGACAGUCAUUUAGAGGGAAGAUGAAGCAGACUGAACUGAGGAAAUCAACAUGUUUGGAUCAGUCUGUUUAGCAAUGUCUUGAUGAUAUUGAUAUUUACACUGUGAAUAUAUUGAGGUUACAAGAUGGUUUUAAAGUAAUGCAAUAGUCAGGAAAUCUCAGUAUUGAUAAAAUCACCAUGUUACAUGCACGAUAAACACAACACAUUUUGUUUUCUUGGUGUUGGUAGAUUUUCAUUCAUGCAUUUGGCAGAUGCUUUCAUUCAAAGAGCCAACAACAUUUGUAAUGCACAAUUUAUGCUUUAUUAGACAAAUGGAUAAGGAUAAUAUGAUGGCCUUCUUAGAAAUCCUAAACAAAUUCUUUACAGUUAUAUUCAGACCUAUAUAGAAAUAUAAAUGUCUGUUGUAAUAUGAGGAAAAGUAGUUUCUAUGUAGUUAUUAAAAGUGUAACAUCAUCAGUUUGAUAAAGAGCUAUGGAAUAAUUUUGAGAAAUAAAACACAGCCAUACAAAUGGAAAUACAAACCAAUUGACUCCAAUGUUGUUUGGUUCCUCAACAUUCUUCAAAUAUCUUCUUUUGUGUUCUGCAGUAGAAAGACAGGUUAGGACCAUAAAAGAUGACAGAUUUCUUAUUUUUAAAUGGACUUUACCUUUAUAAGCAUUUUAGUGAUAAUUUCUGAUUCAUUUUAAAGUGCAAAUGUUUGAAACCAUAGACGUUAUGGGAUUAUUUAGUCCCACACUCUUAAAAUAAGCUUUCAAAAAGGUUUGCAAUGAAACAACCAUUGUAUGUUGUAUGAACAGUCUUUAAAAUAACAAUUUCUUUCUAAAUAAAUAAAUACUUUUCUUUAAUAAUCUGAAGAACGGUUUCCCACAAUAAAGAACCCUGAAAGAUUACAAUGAUGAACCAUCAAUGCCAACAACGAUCCUUUAUUUUUAAAGGGAUAUUCCACCCCAACAUGACAAUUUUGUCAUAAAUCACUUACCCCCAUGUCGUUAAAAACCCGUAAAAGCUUUGUUCAUCUUCAGAACACAAUUUAAGAUGUUUUGGAUGAACACGGGUUAUGCAAAUCUUCCCACGUCGUGAUGUAGAGAUGUUGAACGAGCCGUUUUAGGGGGGAGUGUUUGACUCUUAACUUUUAUAAUACAUAUCUCUUUGGAUUUGAGAGUUUAGUCUUUGCAACUUUACAGAUCUUCUUUAUGCGCCAAGAGCUUGUAACACUCCAAAGAGAAAGGAAAACUUGAAAUUGCAUCAUAAGACCCCUUUUAAGAGUGGCUGUCUCUAGAACACUUGAAAGCAGUAAUGUUUAUCGACAGGAUCACUGGAAAUGUUCAUUCUGCCUCUUGAGCAACACUAUUACUCUUUUAUGACCCCUAAUCAGAUGAAUGUAUAGCUCUAGAUGCGGAGUUGAGUCUAGCAGAUCUUUGAGUCAUCAUACAUGACCUUUCACAGUAUAACUUGACAGAAUGUCAUUUUAAUGGCAGUGAUUGAUUCUUUCCAUCAGUUCACUUCCUCUAGUGGUUUUGGUUUUAUAGUUUUCACAUGCAGAACUUGGCAUUCAUCUCCAGAACUAUGACAGAUAUUCUCUGAAAAGGCACUUUCUGGUUUAUGAGAAUUAAUUCCAUUACAGUGACAGAAUCAAACUUGCACAUCUGCUAUUUUACAGCCACUGUUAUGCUUUGUCGACUAAAUAAUGACCUGGGAAACGCAGAGGUUGCUUAAGCGGUUCUGUUGUUUCCCACAAUACACAUCAGCUUGCGUCUAAAACACAUGUUAUUCAUUGCAGGUAAUUUCCUGAUUUGAGUUUAAUCUUUUCUGCAUGUUGUUUUUUGUUUCAUUUUUUAUUGCAAUAGUGAAACAGUGACUCUCAGACUAAUGAAAAAGUAAUGGGUGUCCUGUUGUAUUCCCAAACAUUUAGAAAAUAUGCCCACACUGUGCUGAUACUGAAACCAAAAAAAUGUGAAAAAUAAAAACAAAUACAAAAUAAACAAGUGGUAAGUAAGCGUUUAUUUAUUUAUUGUGAAACUUUUUACAAACAUACUAAAUGAGAAACACAUUUAAGACAUUUUAAAAUGAUAAACAAGUUAAAGACAAAUUUAACAACAGCCAAGCCUUUAUGGAGGAGAAAAUAAAUAAAUAAAUGAAUAAAUAUUAAAUUGUAAAUAUGGUUCAGUUCAUGUUAUGAGUUAAAUAUACAUUAAGGCUGCCACAAAGUCAUUAUUAAACGUUUGAGAUGAAGUUUGCGAGGGUGUUUCAGUGAGAAAACGUCAGAUGGAAUGAAUGUAAUAAGAUGUAACAUCUGUAUUGAUGAUACAUUUAUUGAAAUUUUUUCACAAUAAAACUUAAGGAGCAAAUACAAAAUACAACAGUAUUGUAAAAGAAUUGAAUGAUAGGAUAUAUAACAAUUCAAUUAACAGCACUUAAUAAAUAAAUAAAUCAAUCAAAGCAAACACGGACUGAAACACAUUCUUCAUUUAUCAUUUUAGUUUAAAAAUCUUGCUGAAAUGGUCGCCAUCUUGCAAUCAUUAAAUUCAUAAUUACAAAUUUACCACGAGAAAUUGAAUGCACCAACAAACUCAGCACUAAAGCACACUAGAUGUAUGCAAAUGCAUUAUUUCAAGGAUUAUAUCUACUUAUUUAUUACUGAGAUUUCCUUUAAAAAAUAAAAAUAAACAAGAAUGGUACAAUACAUUCUUAGCUUCACCAAAGUACUCUUUGAACAUAGUGAAAUAAUGGUGUAUAUAUUUUUAUUAACUAACAAUUUUUUUUUUUGUCUUUGCUUUUUGACGUCGUCUUUCUCUCUGUGUGGCUCCAGAAGUCAUUAACAUCCUCCAAUGCACUGUGAUCACACUGAGACAGGGCUAGUGUUCUGAAGAGCAUGUGUUGUCAUAUGACUCAUUCACACGAACUGAGGAAAUAUCACCUCAAAAUGCAAAAACAACACUGAUUAAAGAUUGCAUGACAGCAGUACACACUGAAUAACGACCUGUUGAAAGGUAUAGCCAAAAAAAAAAAAAAAAAAUCCAUUUAGUAACUGUGAAAUAUUCUAGAAUUAAGAGAAGAGGUUUCUGUAACCCAAAUUGAAUUUGUGCUCACAGAACUCCACGCAAAGCUCUAAAGACUUUCACCGAAUUUAAACAUGCGUCAUUAAACAAGUGUGUUUGCUUCUGAAAUGUGUUGACCUUUAUUGCACUCUCAAGUAAACAGUAGCUUUAUCAGCAAUGUUUUUUUUUUGCAUUAAUCUCAGAUUUCCACCAAAAUUAUUACAAGUUAAAAUAACUGAUUGGUUUUUAAAUUGAAUCAUAAAAUGUUUUAAAUAGUUACAUUUAAAUAUAAUUGUUAGAUCAAAUCCUGGUUGAGCUUUACAAAAUGACUGAUCCCUUUGUUUACUAGCUAUUUAAACCAUGAUAUGUCAAAUUAUCUUACAGUGGGCUAUAUUAUGUAAAAUAAAUAACUGCAGUAU